UCGAUUCCAACUCAUUUGCCUUACUUCCUUCUCUAAGAUUCAGCUUGUGUCGCCACCGUGAGAGCUGCGGUGAUGUGUGUUGUGUUCCUAUUAUGUGGGCGUUUUCGUAGCUAUCCUCAUAAUGAGGUUCAUUUGUUUUAAUUCAAAAUGUGUUUGAAAUGCUUUUAGAUCAGCCAUUUGUUGUUGACGACUCGUGUGAAGUGCGGAGAAUGGAAGUGAUUUUAGAGCAGUUUGUCGUACAUGCGUCUUCAGUGUCAACAUAGGCUCAAACAAAUUCGUGAAGCAUGGAAACAACUGCGAAUAAGAGUGUAAUGGAAAAUUAUGGCAGUGUUGAAAAUGAUUUCAAUGGCUGCCAUAAAAAUUCGUGGGGAGAGGACCAGCCUCAGAUGGACAUGCAAGGAUCACAUGGCAUUGAACAGACAAGCAAAACCAGCAGACUACACAGUGUGGUCGAGGCUGCGUGCAGUUCUGAGUCGUGCGCAGUCGUGGACCGCAUCAUUCAGCAAGUCGACCAGCUCUCGGACCUCGAAAAGCUGCUGCUCUACCUCAAACUUCCUGCCGGCAAAAACAACGACGUCGACCCACUCAAAAUUCCGCUGAACCCGCUGGGUAGCCGGUUCGAGAUCCAGCAGACCAUCAUGUGGAUCCGUACCCACCUGGAGGAGGAUCAGGACGUGUCGAUGCCCAAACACGAGGUGUACGACGAAUACCAGAUGUACUGCAGCAACAACAGCAUGAAGGGUCUCAGCACGGCCGACUUCGGCAAGGUGAUGAAGCAGGUGUUCCCGCGCGUACGGCCGCGCCGUCUGGGCACGCGCGGCCACUCGCGCUACUGCUACGCCGGCCUGCGGCGCAAGACCAAGCUGGAGCCGCCGCAGCUGCCCGACCUGGACGGCGACUCUCCGGCCAAGGCGGGCGGCGAGGGCGGCGGCGGCGGCGGCGACGGCUCCGGGGAGCUGGCCGCCUCCUCGGUGCUCAUCCGACAGUGGGCCGAGAAGCUGAUCGGAGAAAAGUUCGAGACGCUCUCUCAGCUCAGCAGCUACCUGGUCAAGAAGAACUACGUGAGCGGUCCGACGCCACUGGGCAUGGCCGCGGCGGCAGCCAACGUGAUCAAAGACUUGCCGUCAGGCUGCUUGCCGCCUGUAAAUAGGCAUAGGGAGACGCAGCUCCAGCUUCAAAGAAAACUGCAGGAGAAGGAACUUUUUCGAGAACAGAAGAAGAAAAUACAGGACGCCGACGGCAAGGGUGAUAAGGUGGGCGCGCGCGGACGGAAGCGCAAGAAGGGCCUGGGUGACGACAAGCCGGACGGCACGGAGGACCUGUCGAUGGACUCUGCCGGCUACAGCGAGCCGCCCGGCUACGGCGACCACUACGGCGGCGGCUGGCUGGAGCCGCGGCCGCCCGGCGACGCGUUCGGCGGCGGCGGCGGCGGCGGCGCGCCGGCCGGGCCGCCGCCCAACGCCAUGGACCAGGAGCGGCCCGAGUACGCGCCGCUCUCCGAGGCCGCCUGCGUCAACAUGUCGGCCAUGAGCGGCGGCGGCCCGGUGCCGAGCUCGGCGGCCAGCGGCCACUCGCACUGCGCCGUCAUCACCAGCGCUGCGCACGAGCCGGGCGCGCACACCACCUUCGUGCAGCCGGCCGGGCCGCGGCACAACGGCUACCAGCCGCCGCCGCCGCCGCCCCCGCCCCCGCCGCCGCCACUGCCUCCGCCACCACCGCCGCCACCGCCCCACUCCAAGUUCAAGCUGAAGUACGAGUCGGGCGAGUACGACGCUCGCUCGUCGUGUUCGGGAGGCGCCGAGCCGCCGCACCACCGCGAGUACGGCGACGCCAUGGCCGCGCAGGAUAACGAGGAGGAGCUGAUGCAGUACUUCAACAACAAGGACCACCACCACCAGAAGGAGGAGCUGUCGCAGCUGCGCAUGCUGCUCGAGCAGAAUCUACCCGGCAGCAAGGAGACUCAGAAGGUGGAGAAGCCGGCCGGACCGUUCCCGGGCGCGCAGGGCCAGAACGGCGCCGCCAACUCCGUGGCCAUGCGGCGGCGGGUCAGCUUCCAGCCGAGUCUGUCGGCGCCGGACGGCCUGGCCGGACAGCCGGCCGGCAUGGUGCCGCCCAGUCCCAACACGCGGCGGCGCUUCUUCAACUUCCAGCCGAUCGGGCACGACCCGCCGCCGCCGCCGCCGCCGCCCGGCCUCGGCAUCGCCGAGUCGCCGUUCGUGUCUCCGCACAGCACGCCGAUCCCGCUGUCGCGGUCCCGGCACAACUCGGGCCAGCUGCCGGCGCCGUACCUGGUGCGCGGCCCCGGCACCGGCACCAUCACGCCCUUCUCGGCCAUCUCGGAGCUCUCGCGGUGCGCCACCAUCGGCUCGGAGAACUCGACGCCGUUCCUGUCGCCGCAGUCCACCCCGGUGCCGUUCGCCAGGUCGCGGCACAACUCGAGCCAGCAGACAUGCCGGUUCCCGCAGUCGCGGUCACGGCACUCGUCGGGCGCCACGCCCAUGUCGGCGGUCGGCUGCCGCCAGCCACAGCCGCUCUACGCGCCCAUGAACCCCAACCCGUACUCGCCCAUGUCGACGCUGGCGCCCAGCUCGCCGCACAUGUCCGUCGACGAGUCGGGCAUCCAGACGUCCAACUUCCCGACGCCGGACGGCACGCCCUCGGUCCGCUCGCGCCACUCGUCCUCUGGCUCGGGCAUCUCGCCCAUCUCGGCGCCCGUGUCGCCGACCAGCGCGGCGCUGGUGGACAGCCGCGCCGGCUACAGCGACCUGCGCCGGCGGCACCAGUCGGCCGGCGCCACCGUCCACUACCGGCCGCCGGCGCGGCCCGCCGACACCCGCUUCGACCAGCUCGGCUUCGAGAUGUCCGGUCUGACCGAGGGUAUGGACACGGGCGGCGGCGGCGGGCAGCUGGGCCUGCAGCGGUCGCAGAGCGUGCCGCCCACCUCGAUGGCGGUGGGCGGCGCGCCCGGCGCCGACGGCGGCUACGUGUUCCGCGCGCCGCCGGCCGCCAUCGCCGGCGCCCACUCGGGACACGGCCUGGUGGCGCCGCUGGCGCUCGAGUACGGCGGCGCCAUGGAUGCCGGCUUCAGCGCGCCGCCGGCCUCCUGCCCGCCGCCGCCGGCCUCCUGCUCGUCCAACAUGACGCUGGCCGAGCUGAACACGUCGCUGCAGCGGCCGACGGUGUCGUGCGCGGCCGGCCGCGACCCGAUGGCCGGCGGUGGCGGCGUGCAGGAGCCGCCGCCGCCCAGCGUGGACGCCGACCUCGGCGAGACGCUGCAGGCGCUCAGCGAGUGCGACGACUUCUCGCGGCUGAUGAUGGAGGUCCCGGAGAACGAGUAGGCGGCGCGGUGACGUACCUCAGGCGGGCGCAGUCACACACCCACACAGACACACAGGCAGACUGACUGAUCGGAGGGAGUCCGACCGGGCCGGCGGGGAGGGGUGCGGGACCGACACACACAUAUUCUACACACAGUCUGACACGGCUGAGCUGUCCGCUGCUCCAUAUGCUCGGCUUUGCCUCAAACGCAUGACUCUUUAAUAUCGUCCACGUCUCGUUUAUCUUUGUACCCAGAUACAUAGUUGGGUAUUUGCCGCUUUUAAUCAGACAUUUGAUACACGUCACAUCAUCAGAGUUCGGACACUGUUUCCAUCGCGCCGCGCCAUGUGAUGUCCGUCAGAGGGGGCGCGUCCCGCCGGCAGUCUCUGGGUCGGGCGCCGGCCUGCCGCGGGCUGGCGGACGGAUGGGUUGGCUCGACCCCGACCCCGGGGCGCGGAGCUCGUACACCGUGUGUGCGCGGCCGCCCCCCGGCUCCAGUCGCUACGUCUCGCUCGGCUAGAGGCUAGUUUUUACCGUUUAAGCUGGGACUGACUGAGAGCGAAGGAAGGCUUGCUGAUGUUGUGCGCCGUGAGGUGUCGCUUUUGUCGUGGUUUCGUCGUGUGUGAUUUGCUAUGGUGCUGAACGAUUUACGCGUAAAAACUGCCCGCGGGUGGCAUCAUGUCAGAGAAAUAGAUAUAUUUUACCGAGGCGGGUGCGUAGCUAGAUGUGAACGGCAGUGAGAGGAAAAGUACCUGAAAACUUCAAUAUAUCUCUGAGAUUGGCGCGCGCGCGCGCGCUGGGCUGACGGGGUAGAGCGGCCGGAGAAUGGAGAGAGGAGCGGCGAUCAGUACAAACUCGUGUCGGCGCUGGGUGCAAUGGGCGGCGGGCGGCCGUCCGUCCCGGCCGCGCUGCGCUGUGAUCGGGACGGCCGGCCGGGCGGUGGCGCGGCCGACGCCCCGGUCCGCUCGUCGAUGUUGAUUGUGCGCCACCUCUGGCCGUGAUGGGUUGGCGGCUGACCGGCGCUCGUUGUUUGUGUUGGUGUGGGCGGCGGGCGGCCCGCUGC